AUGACUCGGACACAACCACCACAACUUCCAUCAAUCACUUCACAGGGCGCUCCGCCGGCAAGCACAGUCACUACGCCCAUAACAAGUGUACCCCCUUCCUCAACCCCGAGCACGACACCUCUCGCCCAAACCACAACUUCCGGUGUCGACCAUUCCAAUGUUGGCGGUGGUCGACCAGUUGCUAUCGGUGCUAUUGCCGGUGGCGUAGUGGGUGGCGUGCUUGCCACGCUUGCGAUCGCCACCUUUGUCUUCUACAUCUUGAAGCGAAGGAACAAGAAGAUGAAUUAUAUUCUCGAUCCCACCCCCUAUUUAGAUACUUCCGGUUCCGACGCACCUGACAUGGAUAUUAGGGAACGGAAGAUGCAGAUGCUCGGACAAAGGGAACACCUUGAACGUGAAUUGGAGGCGUACGAACAAGUAACCCAAAACUCGAGCUCAGGAACUGGGGCUGUUCCCGAUGGCAUCAAUGGAUCAAAUCCGGGUGAUAUCGCGCAAGUAUUACGUCGUAUGGAAGUUUUAACACAGAGGAUAGCAACUUUGGAAGAAGGAAUGGCACCACCUGAUUACAGCUCUGGCACCGCUUGA